UGUAUGACAAACACAUUGGUCAUCGCCUGAAUUGACAGACGUUUGUAUGCAAUACAAAAGUACUGUGAUCGAAGCGUCGCGUUUUCUGUGUAAUCUGUGAUAUCGCUUUAUCGUACGUGUUUUAAGGACUUUAGAAAAUUGCUAGCGAUGCGAUGUAUCAAGUUUUCAUUAGCGGAUACCGUUUGGCCGAGGUGUCACACGGCAAACCCUAUUAUGUUUACUGCAUCGAAAUAUUGGAGCCAGAAACUGGUACUCGGUAUUAUAUCGAGAGAAGAUACAGCCAAUUUAGCGCGUUACAUCGCACGUUGAAGAAGGAAAAUGCGGACAUCGCUUCGUUUCCGCCGAAGAGGGUCAGAAAUUCGCAGCCAAAGGUACUUGAGCAAAGGCGAGCUGCACUAGAAUUGUACGUCCAAAAAAUGCUAAGGCUUUCAGCCACGAAGCAACAGGUUCUCAAUUUUCUGGGUAUAGAAACUCGAACUGCUAGUGCGUCAUAUAAAAGCACGUAUAAAGACACGGAAGAUACGCAGCACGUUCAUCCCAAUGCCUUUGGUCACCAUCCAGUAUUAACGUUUGAAUGUGAUCCAUACGCUUAUCCGAACGGGACGUCAAACAGUCUUCCAGACAUCGUGAUCAAUGGAGUUCUUUUAGGUAUAUACAAGUCCUGAGCAGUUUGUGAACCAUUAAAUUCCUGGAGAGUUGAUCAGGAAGAACUUAGUAAAAAAAAAAAAACGAAUUCAACAUGCACGAAGUGUCUGUUGCUCUAUCUCUACCGAGAGAUAAAAAAUACGGUGGGUGUACGUCGAUGAACGCGUGCAGGAGUAGGUGCUUCCAUUUCCGACAUAUUUCAAUACGACGAACGAAAAAACAAAGGACGAGAAAUGGAAGAAUUCGAUGGAGUUAAUUGUACAAGAUGUAAACCAUGACACGCCAAGAAAGAUAAAUAUAUGCAUACAUUCUCUGCCAUAUAUUUGAAUCAUCGUCUCGUUUAUUUCGUCUCAUUAAUUCUCAGAGUUUACAUUACUUGUUGUGACAUUCAUCUUAAUUCUAUUUUAACGUUACUGGAUAAUCUGGAUUGUAAAUGUAAAUCGUAACUCAUAAGCGGAUCUCUUGCGGGUACCUUUAGUCGUGUUAGACUCUACUACCGUUUGUUUAUUUUUUCUCAAUUGGACACCACUCGAUACUCAAUUCAUUCAAUAACGCCGUUUUCUGACGUUCUUAGAACGACGUUUUACAAUUGGAAAAUGUAUACACACGUUCGCAGACUUCGUUGAUGAUGUUAGGAUGAUGAUGUUCAGCGGAGAUCUAAAACUAGCGCCUGUUUAAUUAUAGCCACAUGAUGAUUCGGUGAAAUCAUUGAUUUCCUAUCAUAAUCUGUCUCUAUCGAAUAUAUUAUAUAAAUAAGGGAAGAGGGCAGAGGUGUAAAACAGGUGAAACCAGGUGAGAAUUCAGGCGGUGUUGACAAUCGUUUGGUCCACUGGAUCGGGCGUGUUUUUCUUGCGAGUGUGUAUGUGUAUGUGUCUGUGUGAAAAAUAGGAAAUCUUUCUCUUUCUGUCGUGUCGUGGUAUAGGAGAGGCUUUCUGCGUGUAGAAAAUGGUUUUUAUAUGCAACGGAAACGCCGUGACAACGGUAGUAACAUAUACGUACAUUAUAUAUUUAUAUAUAUAGCGCGGUAGUAGGAUCUCCUCUCUCCUCUAUGUACAACUUACUUAAUCGUUUUUUAAUGCUGUUAUCAUUUUAUAUCAUUAUAACGUCAUGGUAAUAAACUGAAUCCACCA